AUGAUGCGUGUUUAUUAUCGGGACUCGCACGGUGCCGUCGUUCUCUGCGAUUGCACAAAGAAGGAUACGGUAGCUGGGGCAUUCAGAUGGAAGAAGGAUCUGGACUACAAAUUGAGAUUGGAUAACGGAGAUCCUAUUCCGGCAGUUCUUUUGGCCAAUAAGGUAAGGUCUACCCAACUUGAAUUUAAAUUAUCUUUCAUCAGAUUUAUUUAUUUUAAUGCUUUUUGCUUCUUUUAUUUAAUUUAUUCUUUCCAGAGCGAUCUGAAGAACGAACUUUCGACUGCCGAACUCCACGAAUUGGGACUUCAAUAUGGAUUCAGUGGAGCAUUCAAAAUCUCAGCCAAAACGGGAGAGAAUGUGGAGGAAGCGAUGCAGUUUUUAAUCAGACAGAUUGUGUGUGCCGAGAAAGAAGGACUCUAUGUGGCGCCCAUCUUCCAACGAGAUCAUCAUAUCAGGAGAUUAGAGUCGGAAGAGACCGUAAGAGGACGCCAAUCCUUUAAAGAUACCUUCAAAAAUGUCUGUUGCUGA